AUGAUCUGCGUUGAGACUCAACAUUUUAAUCUCAAUCGGAUCCUUCUACUCGCAAUCGGCUUAUGGCCAUAUGAAAAAUCGAAAUUUCGUAAACUUCAGGCAACUUUAUGUUUUGGUAUUUUGACAAGCUUUGUUAUAUUCCAGUUGACAGCGUUGAUAAUUGCAAACUGUACUGCUGACUAUGUCAAAAUUUUUUCUUCUGCAACAUUCUUUAAUAUUUGCAUACUGAAUUACAACAUGUUCUGGAUUAAUGGUCAUCAUGUAAAAAAUAUGUUGCAGCAACUACAGUGUUUCUGUAAUGAGCUAAAAGAUGAAAACGAAUUUGCUAUUUUGAAAAAGUAUGGACAUUACUUCAGACAGUUUACAAUUAUAUUGAUAGUGAUGGCGAUAUGCUGGUUAUUUAUUAUUACUUUCGUGCCUAUUUGGCCACAGAUUUUUGGUAGUGUCUUGUACAUAAACGAAUCUCAACUACAGAGUCAGAAAAUACAAAUCAUGACUGAAUACUUUAUUGAUCAAGAAAAAUAUUUCUACUUAAUUAUGCUGCAUAUAAACGCAGCGAUUUGUAUUGGGGUGACUACGUUAGUAGGGACGGGUACGUUGCUGUUAGGAUGCAUUAUACACAUCUGUGGAUUGCUUACAAUUACAAGUUAUCGUGUGGAGCAAAUAACGACCAAAACGUCUAAAAAUAUUAAGAAUCAAACUAUGAUUUAUAACAAAAAGAUAUUUUACGCCGUCGAAAUACAUUACAAGAUUAUAAAGUUUUGCGAAUGUUUAUGUUCUAAUUUUAAAGGCUCUUUCUUUUUAUUAUUAAUAACUACGGUGAGUUCCUUGAGCCUGAAUCUUUUUGGAACGUUUCAAAAUGCAUCGCUUGGAGAUAAUAAAGGAUUUUUAUUACAUUUAUUAUUAUCAUUUGCUAUCAUUUUAUUCAUGUUUCUAGUUAACUAUUUCGGACAAGAAAUGAUAAAUCACAACAAUCACGUGUACUUCACAGCGUACAAUAGUCAGUGGUAUAAUGCAUCAUUACACGCACAGAAGAUGAUACUCUUUAUACUGCUACGAAGCAGUAAAGAUUGUAAUCUCAAUAUCGGCGGAAUGUUUGUAGCAUCUUUCGAAUGUUUCUCCUCGCUAAUAAAAACAGCAGUGUCUUACUUCACCGUUAUGUAUUCUAUAGAGGAAUAA